AUGACUUUAGCCGCCGUCAGAGUCGGUCUUCGUGUUCGACCUUUAACGCAAAAAGAAGCACUAGAAAAUUGUACAGAAUGCAUCACUUAUAUACCCAACGAACCUCAGAUACUCUUGGGCACAGACAAAUCAUUUACCUUUGAUUACGUCUUUCAUCCUACCACAGAGCAGUUGCAUCUCUACACCCAAGCUGCCGUACCGUUAUUGGAGAAAUUCUUGGAAGGCUUUAAUGCUACCAUACUUGCUUAUGGUCAAACAGGUUCAGGCAAGACCUAUAGUAUGGGCACAGGCCUUGAAAGUAGCGUGAUGGAUCGAAAGCAGGAUGAAGGCAUUGUGCCAAGAUGCAUCACCGACUUGUUUAAAAGACUAGAGGAACGAUCGAAAAACGAGCCCGAAUUCCAAUACAAAGUCUAUGUCUCCUUUCUCGAAUUAUACAACGAGGAUUUGAUCGAUCUAUUAAGCCUACAGCAACAACCCACCUCAUCCAUCGCCAUGAAAAGAACAUCACUCACCAUGCCUACCAUCGCGGACAUAUCCAUCCGAGAAGAUCAUGCAGGCAACAUUUAUUGGACCGGUGUCCGCGAAGAAAGAUGCUAUCGUCCAGAAGAACUGUUGGCCUAUCUGGCCAAAGGUUCCCUUUGCCGUACCACCGCUUCCACCGACAUGAAUACCGUCUCUUCUCGUUCUCAUGCUGUCUUUUCUAUCACUCUCAAGCAGUUCAUGAGCCACCCAGAGUCGACAACCUUGGCCAGUAAAUUUCAUUUUGUCGAUUUAGCCGGUUCUGAAAGAUUGAAACGUACCCAUGCCCAAGGCGAUCGUGCCAAAGAAGGGAUUGCUAUCAAUUCGGGUUUGCUCGCUUUGGGCAAUGUGAUCUCUGCCUUGGGCGACGACACCCGACGUUCCUCCCACAUUCCUUAUCGCGACAGUAAGCUGACACGUUUGCUGCAGGAUUCCUUGGGAGGAAACAGUCAAACGCUGAUGCUGGCCUGUGUCUCUCCCGCCGAUACCAAUUUCAUGGAAACCCUCAACACGUUGAAAUAUGCCAACCGUGCAAAAAACAUUAAAAAUAAAGUCAGUAUCCAGCAAGAAUUUGCUGGCUCCUCCAUGGAAGUCAAUCAAUUACGUGCUCACAUUGCUCGAUUAAAACUCGAAUUGGCCGCCAGUAGACGCAGCAGCAGGAGUACGGCUGUCUCGGAUGCCUCCUCGACCGUCGUCACCACCACCACGGACCCCCCCUCACACCAGGAGAGGGACAUUCGCUCUUUACGUUCAGAAAUAGCUCACCUUCGAGAAAGACUUCAGGAGGUGUCGACGGAAUUGAUUCAUGUCACCAGUGAACGCGAUACCCUCUUGAUGGAACGUGAGAUCAAUGACUUGAGCAAAAACGAACCGACCUCAUCGCUUCACGCGCACCCACUGAUGCAACACUAUCAAAAGACAGUGACAGACCUUCAACAGGAACUGUUGGACGCACGUGCACGUAUCGCCUCUUACGAAACGACUGCCCCUUAUGCUCCUACAGCAUCCAAACAGGCAUCACAGAAUAAACAGAGCAGUCAUAAAAAGGCGGCUCACAGACGUAGCAAACGACACAUCAUGGCCGCGUCGUCUCAUCCCACUACAAGACGCUCAGCGAGAAAACAGCACCAGGAUCAAGCGUUCGCUCUCGAGGAAGAGGACAUCCGAUCAAGUAUAGCUAAAGCAAAAGCAGAAAUACAAAAAGGCAUGCAAGUCCUCGAUCUCGUCAAACCACUGGAAGCACAGCCCGACGUGGACUCUGAUCACCAGCAUCCCAUGCAGCGUGAUGAUUCAGAUGAGGGUAAUUAUACAGCCACUUCUUCUCCUGUAGACAAUCAUCCUCCACCCCCCGGUCGUCCUGCAAAAGUGGAGGAUGAAGAAUGCAUCGAAAUUGAAGCAUUAUCAAUACCUACUUGGGAACAGGAUCAAGAGGUGCCUCAUCGCAUCACGUCACAGGAGAAUCUAAACAGCAACCCCACCACCACCAGCACCUCCCCCACCACCCGUUCCCAUCCCAGGGACCAUCACCCUCAAUGGGCACGUAUCCUUCAUCAACUUCAGUCAGAUAUACGUGUCAAAGAAGAACUCGUUUCUCAUCUUGAAAAAUCAGAAACAAAAUACAUUUUAUUGCGACGCCAAUUUGAUGAAGAAAUAUCUCUUCUUCAUCAACAAGUCGCUCAGUUGCAAAAAGAUCGUGAUCGCGCUCUCGCCAAAACAAAAUCCGCUUAUGCUGCCACUGCCCCUGCAACCGCAUCCGAAGCCGCUCGCCAUGAAUUACAAUUACAAGAAAAACAGCAACUCUUAGAGACCCGCCAUGCUUUUGAGCUCAAAAUCAAACAGUUGGUCUCUGAAAUCCAUCAAGUCAAACGAAACUAUUCCCGUACCGUCGCACUCAUGCAAUCCACCUCAAGUCAACAAGCCUCCCUCUUGAAAUCCCUCCGUGCCAACGUCGAUACCCUCAAAGCAGAAAAAAAGAGAAUGAUCCACCGCAUGAAGCAAGAAACAGAACGUGUGCGCGAGCAAAUGGCCAUGCAAGAAAGAAGAAUGGCCAAAUUGCAACGACAACACACCGAAGUCACCCAUGCUCGUUCCCGAUUGCAAAAGGAACACGAGGCCCAAAAGCUCGUGUUGAAACGACGCGACAAAGAAAGGCUCAUCCAUCAUAACCAGCUCACCCAGCUCAUCGACGUCUUGAAAAAGGCCGUCCGUGAAGGAGGGAUGCUGGACGAUACCCUCCUCAGUCAAAUAUCCCAUAUUCUCGGCGGCCAGUUUGCUGCCGUCGUACGUCGUGGCAAAGGCCAAAGCCACCCCUCCUUGCCUGCAUGGCGUAGUACACGGAGGAAAAAAAAGAACCCUGUGCCUGUCCAAUGGAGAGUGAUGCGUAAAAAACAGUUGCUCAUCAAGUUACUGGACCAGUUUGUUCAAGGAAAACAGGCCGUCAUCGAAAUGGAACAAUUGCUCUUCAGAAGAGAACAGCUGGUCGCAGAAAAAAUGGAAGUCUUGGACGAGAGAAAGAAUGUGUAUGAUGUAGAAAAAGAAACCUCCCACCUCACGGGCGAACCCAUGGAUCGCCUCGCCAUGGAUUUAGACGAUGAACGCAUCGAUUUGAUCGAAGCAGAAAUAGCUUACUUAUCGGCACGUAUUCGCCAUCUGCAAUCAGAAGCUGCUGCUGAUGCCGCCGUCUCCGUCCAAGAGGAAGCCGCCUCGAUCGUGUCCUCAUCGACAAGUGAAGCUGCCCACGCAGCAGCCGCUUGCGAUAAAAGAAAGGUUACUUUUGCCGACGAUAUCAUUGCCGAGACCCACCCUCAGGAUGAAUGGGCCGAUAUGGAUGCUAUCGAAGAACAAUACGGUGUGCCUGCCAAUGCCGCACCUGAACUCGUGUACGAUGGCACCCUCCAACUUUUGAAAUCGCUCGAGAUGGACGAGUGCCGUUACAUGGUAGAAAGUCUCGUGGAUGAUCUUGCCAACGCUCACAUGAGUGAUCUGCAUCACCAAAGAACCAUGCAAAACCUAGAAAAAACAGUACAAGAUCUUCGCAAGACCUUGAUGAUCAUGAAACGGGCGGCUAUUUCUACAACAGCUGAAAAUGAACGACGCAUUCGUACAUUGGAGGCCGCAGUGAAAGGCACCAGCAGCAGCAGCAGCUUGCAUCACAAACGGUUGGACGAGGACGACGGCACAGGCGACACCAUUUUUGAUCGAAUUUACGCGGACGGUGUCAGAGGUUUAUUAGAGACACCUGAACCCCGACCGUCGCUCUAUCGAUCCCCCGAAGAAGCAGCCGCCAUGGCCAUGAGUGAUAGAAGGAGCAGUACGCAUUCAGAAGGUCUGAUGCCGCCUCCUUCACCGCUGACCCUCACCCCCAGUCUACUGACACAUGCGGCACGGCCAUCGACGCACCAGCCUGUCCAUCCUCCAAGUGUGCUGACGGAGAAAGGCAAUCGAAUGAUGCGUGUGAAUAGUGACGGCAGUUAUCGAACGCGUCAGUCCACCACACCCUCACCCGAUCGUUUUUACAAUAUGAUUCAGAAACGUUUGUCGUGGCAGCAUCGCAUGGCUCAUCAUAGUAGUACCAGUACGAGUAGGCACCCUGAACAUGACCCUCCUCCUGAAUUUGCUCGCUAUGUUUACGAUCGAGAGUCUUCUACUUCUUCCAUCCGUAGUAGCCAUUUUCGACGACCUUCACUCCAGUCCGAUCACUCUUCUUCACAAAGCUCCUGGGCGGGCCAUGGCGGCGCCAACUAUCAGCAGCCUCCUCAUGACGCAACGUAUGAUCAUUCACAACAGCAAAAAGCAGAGCGUCGUCGAUCGCUUAUGAUACUUCCGAAAUCUUCUCCACUACAACAACAACAACAACAAAAAACAAAAAGACGCGCUUCUUUGCGGGAAUUAUCCAUCCAAGGGAUCGCUGGUUCACCUAUGGGAUACUAUGAUCCAUCUCCUAGUCUUACAUUAUCCCAACAGCCGUUGCCCAACGUGAAACGUACUUUUCUAUUACCGAGUGCUUCUUCCACUGUAGAAAGAGCAUCCACACCCAAUGGCGCCAAUGUCUUUCAUCGCUUAGCACAGACACCUACUCGUGCCUCUCAAGCCAAGAUUAAUUUUCGACAUAGCAGUAGUAGUAUGGAUGAAUUAAAGACAAGGUGGUGUAGUACGAUGAGUAGUGCGGGUGCAGCGGGUGCCGGUGACCUGGAUCGAAUACCCAGUGCUGCCAGUGGCAUCUAUCAUGGCGAUGCAUAG